CCUAAAUUGCUACCCACCGUGUUGUUCCCUCUUCCGUAUCCGACGAUUUCUUAGCAUCUCCGGCGAAUCGUCUUCUUCUUCUUCUUCUUCUUCUCCGGCGAAUCAAAAUCCAGAUUUCUCCAAAAAUCGAUCCUCUCUCAUUCGGACGAGUUGGGUUCUCCUCCUAUAGUGUCCACUCUUACUUGCCUUAGAGCUUAAGAUUCUUGAGUUGGGAAUCAAAGAUGCCUCACAGAACAAGGCCGUUGAAGGGACUCUUGCUUUUCACUGGAAUUAACUUUUUGUUGGUGCAGACCAUUACCCCUGUCUAUGACUUUGUCUGCUUCUUGCCUUACUGGGAGAGAAGGAGAGAGAGAAUCCGGCAGGAGCGUGAAGCAGCAGCUGCAUCCUUAAACAGCACAAACUCAACACAGAAAGCAACUCAAGCAUCUGUUGGAUGAUGAACUCUCUACAUCUUCUCAAUCUUUUAAUCAGAAGCAUUCCUCUUUGUAAGAAACUAUUUACCCUCUGAUUACUGAAUAACUGAGAAGACAAAAGAAGGCAUAUUCACAUCUCUUCUCUAAGCUAGAUCUAUUAGUAGCAAAUCUUGAAAGUUUCUGAGUUGUUUUAAUACAUUUGUCUUAAUCGUAGAUACUUUCAAAGAUUCUGAUCAUUGGCAAGAUCCGAGAACCCCACAUGUUUUUGAUAAGUGAGAUAGGCUAUUAGAAAAAGGAACAACACUAUAUGAUUUUCUUGAAAUAGGCUUUUUGUUUUGGGUGGACA